ACCCACUCUUGCCUUCCCUACUCUCAAGCAGCAGCAUGGGCAUCAUGUCCUUCGACCCCACCAUCAUGCCACCUGCAAAUGGCUCUGCCAACGGGCAAGCCAGCGGGGCCGAAGGUGGGAAGCCCCCCACCAUCCCCACCGUCAUGUUUAUCUUUGGCGUGGUGGGCAACCUCAUAGCCAUCGUGGUGCUCUGCAAGUCCAGGAAGGAGCAGAAGGAGACCACUUUCUACACGCUGGUCUGCGGGCUGGCGGUCACUGAUCUCUUGGGGACCUGCCUGGUGAGUCCAGUCACCAUCGCCACUUACCUGCAGAACCGCUGGCCGGGAGGACCGGCGUUGUGUGAGUACAGCUCCUUCAUCCUCCUCUUCUUCGGACUCUCUGGCCUCAGCAUUAUCUGCGCCAUGUCUAUAGAGAGGUACCUUGCCAUCAACCAUGCCUAUUUCUACAACCAUUACGUAGACAAGAAGCUGGCAGGGCUCACGCUCUUUGCCAUCUAUGCUUCCAACGUGCUGUUCUGCGCCCUCCCCAGCAUGGGGCUUGGCAAAUCUACCUUGCAGUACCCUUACACUUGGUGUUUCAUAGACUGGCGAGCGAAGGAGGCCAUCCAUGCAGCAUAUUCCUACAUGUACGCCGGCUUCAGCUCCUUCCUGAUCAUGGUCACUGUGAUCUGCAACAUCCUGGUGUGCGUGGCCCUCAUUCGCAUGCACCGCCAGUUCAUGAGACGCACAUCCUUGGGGACAGACACCACUUCCAGCCGUUUAUCUGACUUUCGCAGACGCCGGAGCUUCCGUCGGAUGGCCGGAGCAGAGAUCCAGAUGGUUAUUCUGCUUAUUGCCACUUCCCUGGUGGUGGUGAUCUGCUCCAUUCCUCUGGUGGUGAGUAACGUUGUGCAACCCUUCUUUUCCAUCACCGGCACCGCUGAGUCUUUUCUCCUCCUAGUCUGUGCCUUUAGGACAGACUCCUAUUUAGCUGGUGCUGCAAACUGCUACAGUAACUUAAAGGCUGUUAGCGUACAUGCAUGGUGA